AUGAACGACGAUAGCCUCCAGCAAGAUUUGGACCCCCAAAGCGACCAGAGCUCCGACUACCUCCCACCUCAGCCCCACCCUCUCCCCUCCCAACCUCACCCCCACCCUCGCCGGCCACGUGGCUUCGCCGCCACAGCCGCUGCCGGCUCUGCGGGGCCCAUCUCCCCCUCCACCAAGGGAAGGAGAGAGAGGGAGAAAGAAAAGGAGCGGACUAAGCUUCGCGAACGCCUCCGCCGAUCAAUCACCAGCCGCAUGCUCGCCGGACUUCGCCAGUACGGCAACUUCCCCCUGCCGGCGCGUGCAGAUAUGAACGAUGUACUCGCCGCUCUAGCGCGUGAGGCCGGCUGGGUCGUCGAGCCUGACGGCACCACUUAUCGCCAGUCUCCGCCUCAAAUUGUGAAUUUUGAUUCUAUAAUUUCGGAAACUUCGAAACAGGGAGGAGCUUAUUCCAUGAAUUUGAGGUCAGUGGAGACUCCAGUGUCGUUAGAGUGUCAUCCACAAUCAGUAGCUAGAAUUGAUGAGAGCUUAUCUCCGGCGUCGCUCGAUUCCGUGGUGAUUGCUGAGAAGAAUGACAGGUUUUCGAGUGGAAGUCCGGCGAUGAACUCUGUUAAUUGCUUAGAGGCUGAUCAGCUGAUGCAGCACAUUCCUUCUGCCACCAGUUUCGCGCCUGCUCCAUAUGUCCCUCUCUAUGUUACACUAGUAACUGGUUUCGUCAACAAUUACUGCCAGUUGGUUGAUCCUGAUGGGUUAAGGCAGGAGCUUACUCAUUUGCAGUCUCUAAAUGUGGAUGGUGUUGUUGUGGAUUGUUGGUGGGGUAUUGUCGAAUGCUGGAGCCCCCAUAAAUAUGAUUGGUCGGGUUAUAGGGGUCUCUUUAAUAUUGUACGCGAGUUCAAGCUUAAAUUACAGGUUGUAAUGGCUUUUCAUGAGUAUGGAAGAAGGGAGUCUGGUGACGCCCUUAUUCCUCUUCCGAAGUGGAUUUUAGACAUUGGUAAAGAAAACCAGGACAUAUUCUUUACUGAUCGAGAAGGAAGGAGGAAUACUGAAUGUCUAUCUUGGGGCGUCGACAAAGAGAGAGUUUUGCAUGGAAGAACUGGUGUCGAGGUCUAUUUUGAUUUGAUGAGAAGUUUCCGUACCGAGUUUGAUGACUUGUUUGUGGAGGGUCUUAUUUCUGCUGUGGAGAUUGGACUUGGAGCUUCUGGGGAGUUAAAGUAUCCUUCCUUUUCAGAAAGGAUGGGAUGGAGAUACCCUGGUGUCGGUGAGUUUCAGUGUUAUGAUAGAUACCUACAACAAAGCCUGCAGAAAGCAGCAAAAUUGCGUGGGCACUCGUUCUGGGCUAGAGGACCAGAUAAUGCUGGUGAAUACAAUUCUCGGCCACAUGAAACUGGCUUCUUCUGUGAGCGUGGUGAUUAUGAUAGUUACUAUGGACGCUUUUUCCUACAUUGGUAUGCCAAGACACUAAUUGACCAUGCAGACAAUGUCCUAUCUCUUGCAAGCCUUGCCUUUGAUGAAACACAAGUAAUUGUCAAGGUUCCUUCUGUUUAUUGGUGGUACAAAACUCCUAGCCAUGCAGCAGAGCUAACAUCUGGGUACUAUAAUCCUAAAAACCAAGAUGGGUACUCUCUGGUGUUUGAAGUUCUGAAGAAACAUUCGGUGACGGUUAAGUUUGUUUGCUCAGCACCAAAUGAUGGUGAUGAAGCAUUGGGCGAUCCAGAAGGUUUGAGUUGGCAGGUUUUAAAUUUAGCUUGGGAUCGAGGAUUGACUGUGGCUGGGGAAAAUGCACUGUCAUGCUAUGAUAGAGAAGGGUGCAUGAGAAUUGUUGAAUUGGUGAAGCCAAGAAAUGAUCCUGAUCGCCACCAUUUCACAUUCUUUGUAUAUCAGCAGCCAUCUCCUCUAGUUCAAGGGACAGUUUGCUUUUCGGAGUUGGACUUCUUCAUCAAGUGCAUGCAUGGUGACGUCGCUGGGAAUCUAGUGUGAUGUUAGUAUAAGGAAUUGACUAGUUCGUGGGAGAAUGCAAAGAAUUGAUCUCAACUAGUAUCAUGCAAAGCUAAAGUAGACACUAGACAAUGAACGGUGAUGGUUCAAUUGGGGCUAAAACCAGUGGCUGCAACAUGUCUUGCGCUUCUUGAUUUAGUUAAUUUCUUUUUCAAUCUCAACAAGGCAGUUUUAGAAGCUAGCAGUUGGUAAGAUGCAAGGAGUUUUAUGUUUAGGGUUCGUGGAGCUAUAUGGUUGUAUCAAAAUGGUGGUUUAGACAAGUUUGUAGUUUGUUAAAGAUCUAAUUUCAG